GGGGAGGGGAGGCUGGGCUCCCGGAGAAGGAGACGAUCGCUCGUACAAAAUCCUGCGUCUUCAAAGCAGCCCCGGCGGGCAGCGUUUUUCAAAGGGGAGUGUGCUGAUUAGGUAAGGAGAUGUCAUGGUCUUCUUCCAUCGAUGUAGGAAGAUAGCAGAUAUGAUUGCCUGAAAAAGCCCAACUACACAGUGCAAGCAUGGCUUUCGCCCAGUCGCACAUUAUGGCAGCUAGAAGGCAUCAGCACAGUAGACUCAUAAUUGAAGUGGAUGAGUACAGCUCCAACCCCACACAGGCUUUCACGUUCUACAACAUUAACCAGGGACGUUUUCAGCCCCCACAUGUGCAAAUGGUUGAUCCGGUGCCCCAUGAUGCUCCCAAACCUCCAGGAUAUACACGAUUUGUCUGCAUUUCUGAUACUCACUCAAGAACUGAUCCCAUCCAGAUGCCAUAUGGAGAUGUGUUAAUACAUGCUGGUGAUUUUACUGAGCUGGGACUUCCUAGUGAAGUAAAAAAAUUCAACGAGUGGCUAGGUAGCCUGCCCUAUGAAUACAAGAUUGUGAUAGCAGGAAAUCAUGAAUUGACCUUUGACCAGGAAUUCAUGGCUGACUUAAUCAAGCAGGACUUUUACUAUUUCCCCUCUGUUUCUAAGCUGAAGCCAGAGAGCUAUGAAAAUGUACAGUCUCUUCUAACAAACUGCAUCUAUCUUCAAGACUCUGAAGUGACGGUGAGGGGAUUCAGAAUAUAUGGCUCCCCUUGGCAACCUUGGUUUUAUGGCUGGGGCUUUAAUCUUCCACGAGGCCAAGCACUAUUAGAGAAAUGGAACCUUAUUCCAGAUGGAAUAGAUAUUCUUAUAACACAUGGACCACCUCUCGGUUUUCUAGACUGGGUUCCUAAGAAAAUGCAACGGGUAGGAUGUGUUGAGCUGCUGAACACAGUCCAGAGACGAAUACAGCCAAGGCUUCAUGUUUUUGGACAUAUCCAUGAAGGUUAUGGUGUCAUGGCUGAUGGAACUACUACCUAUGUGAAUGCAUCUGUGUGCACUGUGAAUUAUCAGCCACUUAAUCCACCUAUAGUUAUUGACUUACCUACGCCAAGAAACACAUGAUUAUAAUGAGGAUUUAAAGUUGUACCCAACACAUUAGCAACUUUAUAUUGCUGGCUGAGAAUCCCAAUAGGGAACCAUUCAACAAAAAAAGCAAAAACCUUCUUCUUUUUUCCCCUGCUAACUCUUCACAGAUAAAUUUUGAGUGACAAAAGUGGAUGAGGAACAAAGACAUUUUGGUGCCAGAAACAGAUUAAAGACUUUUAACAUUUCACCAUUAAAAUAUUUGUGAACACAGAAAAGUGAAUGCAUUCCACAUAUAUAUAUACAUAUACAUAUAUAUAUAUCUCUCUCUUAAGUAGGGACUUUUGUAUAUACCAUACAUUAUAUUUGACUUAUUAAAGGAACAAUGUCUUUCAAAGAAGUGUUUCUUUAAGAAAGUUUGCAGUUUAAACUUAAGUGUUUAGACUAGGAUUUCCUCAUUUCAGAUGUUUCCCAGUGAGCUCUUGGUAAAGAAAAAAUUAUGGUGAAGAUGUUUUCCCGUAAUUAACAUGGCAAAUGUAAAAGAUGGUGUACAAAUGACCAGUCACAGGAGGAAGGCUAUUACUUUAAGUCCUCCAGGUCUAAGUCUUUGCAUCUAUUCAAAACCAAUGCAAUAGAGGCCCUAAUUCACUGUACUGAAAUGAAGUUUUACUACAUCUGGCAUUACAGAUGGUAAGGGAAAUGGUGCAUAUUGCUGGCAUGCUGUAAACAGCUCACCAUUCAAGAAGGGAGACUGUGUUAAGUGCAGUAUAAACUCAGGAAUUUGUAACCUGGCCUCGCCUGUGAAAAAAAUGAUGACAUUUCCCUUAAAAAAAAAAAAAAAAAAAGGAAGAAAAAAAAAAUAACUGUGUUUUCAUAUGGUAAGGCAAUAUGUGAUUGUAUGUAA